CAUUGGUCGGAUACAGCAUGUCAAGAUUGGCAGGAGCAGCUGGCAGACAGGAGGGUGGCGUAGAAGCAAAGCAGAUCAUUUUUAGCUUGUGGUUUGCUGGUCUAUCCUUUCCGAGGGUGGAAGGGAUUUCAGGGUGGAAGUGCUUGCAUUUAUCAUGUCUUCGUUUGUAUGUAGGGUCCAGUUUUUAGAUGAUACCGACCCUUUCAAUAGCACAAACUUUCCAGAACCAUCUCGUCCACCACUAUAUACAUUCAGAGUAGACAUUCCACUAGUUAAUCAGAUUGCAGGAGUGCAACGUCUUCUCCAGGCACCACAUAAGAUUGAUGACUGUGCUCUUCAGCUGUCACAUAAUAGUGCUUACUUGGACUUAGAGGCUACCUUAGAAGAACAACAAGAUGAAAUGGAAGGAUUCCAUGAAGAUUCUGGGAGGGGAAAGAAACACAGCAUUAUCCUUAGAACAAAGCUAUCAAUUAGAGUUCAUGCAUGCAUUGAAAAACUAUACAGUUUUGAUGGAAGGGAACUGAGAAGGGCUCUUUUUUCCCUCAAGCAAAUUUUUCAGGAUGAUAAAGAUUUGGUUCAUGAAUUUGUUAAAGCUGAUGGUUUGAAAUGUUUAAUCAAACUUGGAGCAGAGUCUGACCAAAACUAUCAAAAUUACAUAUUAAGAGCACUAGGACAAAUAAUGCUGUAUAUUGAUGGAAUGAAUGGAAUCAUAGAUCAUAAUGAAACUAUUCAGUGGCUCUACACUCUUAUUGGAUCAAAGUUUAGAUUGGUAGUAAAAACGUCACUGAAGUUACUUUUGGUAUUUGUGGAGUACACAGAAACAAACUCACUAAUUCUAGCUCAGGCAGUGAAUACAUUUGACAUCAAAAAAGGGGUCAAACCAUGGUCUACUAUUAUGGACAUACUCAAAGAGAAGGAUGGUGUAGAUACUGAGCUCCUUGUUCAUAUGAUGACAUUAAUUAAUAAGACAUUGGAAUAUAUGUCUGAUGAUGAUUUAUAUUAUGACAUCUUGGAUUGCCUAGAAGAACUUGGCAUGGAAUCUGUUGUAAACCGAUAUUUGAACAAAAAAGGCACAGAUCUUGACCUAGUGGAGCAAUGUAACAUUUAUGAGAACACAUUUAAAAAUGAAAAUGGUGAUGGUGAUGCUGUGAAUAUAACUAAGGGAAGAAGAAUGCAUUCACAUAUUCUGCAAACACUAAUUUAUAAACGGAGUCUCAGACAGAGAGGGGAGAAUAUUAAUAAAUAUCUGCCUUCUCAAGCUAAGUCCUGCAGCUAUUUAAACCAUGCAUUAUCUGCAAAGUCCCAAUCCAAGCCAGAAAAUACUAAUCAAAUGCAUCAGUCAAGUGGAAAAUCCAGCUGUUAUAAUGGCACUUCAACAGCAUCACACCAAGAAAGGACAUGUUUAGGUGGUCUUCUCACUUCAUCUUAUCGUCAACACCAAGAAUCACUGGCAGCAGAAAGAGUAAAGCGGCGUCAAGAAAGAGAAGCUAGGUUGCAACAAAUAGAAAGAGAAGAGAGAAACAAGUUCCAGCAACAUUAUUUGGACAAAAUGGAGGAACAUAGGCAAGCAAGGGAAGAGAGGUACAAAAAUGUGGAGAAAUUGGCAGCUGAAGAGUAUGCACAGGAGGUAAAAAAUAAGAACAAGUGCAAUAGAAAGGAUUUCAGUUGUUUUAUCGAAAAUUCUACAUUUGACCAAACAGACUGUUCAAAAAAUACUCCUGAAGAUUAUUGCUGUGAGGAUAAUGUAUUGUCAACAGACACUGCCUAUGAUUCUGAGCCCAGUUCAUUUUUCCCAAAUGUUUGCCAUUCUGAACAAAAAUCUGAAAUGGUCAGCAAUGCCGAAUCUGAAUGCCAUGUAAAAGGAGAGCUGCAACAGAAGAUAACAGAAGAUAAUACUGAUAAUAAGGCUUGUGACAGCGAAACGCAACAUGUUGAUAACAGUACACUACUGAGUGAAAAAGAAAAGCAAAAUGAAGAAUCUAAUGAAAAAGAUCUCUGUUCUGGAUCCAGUGUUUCAUCAUCUAGCAGCACCUUAGAAAUGUUGGAAAAAGGAGAGAGUAAUGAAAAUGAAACAGCGGCCCCAUCAUCCCUCAGAAUGAAUCUCCAAUGGCUCACUCCUCGCAAUUGGGCAGAAAACAUAAGCAAUAAGGAAGAUAAUGAGCAUUGUGACUUGGGAUACAUCAGUGAAGUUUUAAUGCCUGAUCAACUCUAUGAGGACACAAAAGUAUUUGAAGAGCAAGACAAAGAAACGGAUGAUGAAAUCGAUGAUACAAAAGUAUAUGAAGAGCAAGACAAAGAAACAGAUGAUGAAAUUGAUGACACAAAAGUAUAUGAAGAGCAAGACAAAGAAACGGAUGAUGAAGUUGAUGACACAAAAGUAUAUGAUGAGCAAGACAAAGAAAUGGAUGAUGAAGUUGAUGACAAAAAAGUAUAUGAAGAGCAAGACAAAGAAACAGAUGAUGAAGUUGAUGAAAGUAAACAAGAUAAUGAAAAGGAUGAACUUUUGUACAACUUUAAGCUCAGUACACCAGUUUUAAAUUCUAGCAAAGCUGAUGAAAGCAUUGAAAAUACUGAUGAUCAGAAGUGUGGAAAAACUUUAGAUGAACUAAUUAACACUGUAACUGAAGUGUCUGAAGCAAGCAGAUGUGAACCAGAUUUAGAUAUAGCUGUUCAGCCAAAAAAAGAUGCAGAUUUUAUGUGGGAUCAAAUGAUGGCUAACCUAAAAGAACUUAGAAUAAAAGAUAUGGAUUUUACAGACCUUGGGGAAGAGGAUGACUUUGAUGUUCUAAACAUAGAUUUAGAUACCAAAGAGACUACUAACAUUUUUCCACCAAUUCCACCACCACCUUUUAACUGUGUAGGUCUGUUACCACCACCCCCUCUACCCCCCUCAAGAUGCUUAAAUGCAAACCCACCUUGUAUACUUCCUCCCCCACUGCCUUUAUCAGUUAGUCAGUUUUGUGGAUCACCUCAACUACUAAGAAAGGAACCAGUCUUCAAUAAAAAAAAGAAAACAAUACGCCUUUUCUGGAAUGAGGUUCGGCCAUUUCAAUUUCAGCCUUUUCACCAUUUAAGAUACAGUGACUGUAUAUGGUCUAAAUUAGAAUCCAUAAAUCUGGACACAUCAAAAUUGGAGUACCUUUUUGAAUCCAAAUCAAAGGAUCUACCUGUCACUAAGAAAUGUGCUGGUGAUGGAAAAAAGCAAGAGGUCAUUGUAUUGGAUUCUAAAAGAAGUAAUGCAAUAAAUAUUGGACUUACGAUAUUACCGCCACCAAGAACUAUCAAGAUGGCAAUACUUAAUUUUGAUGAGUAUGCUUUAAACAAGGAAGGAAUUGAUAAAAUUCUGACAAUGAUACCUACGGAAGAGGAAACACAAAGGAUACAAGAAGCUCAGUUAGCAAGUCCAGAUAUUCCUUUGGGUAGUGCAGAGCAAUUUCUUCUAACCUUGUCUUCUAUAAGUGAACUGUCAGCAAGGCUACAUUUGUGGGCUUUCAAAAUGGAUUACGAGCUGAUGGAAAAGCAGGAAAUAACAGAGCCACUAUAUGAUCUGAAAGAAGGUAUGAAUCAGCUGGAGAACAAUAAAACUUUUGCAUACAUACUCUCUACCUUGCUUGCAACUGGAAACUUUCUGAACGGAACUAAUGCCAAAGCCUUUGAUCUGAGCUAUCUUCAGAAGGUACCUGAAGUUAAAGACACAGUACAAAAGCAGCCUUUGUUGUAUCACAUGUGUACAAUUAUAGCAGAGAAAUUUCCAGACAGCACAGAUUUGUAUUCAGAAAUUGGAUCAAUAACAAGGUCUUCCAAGGUUGACUUUGACCAGCUCCACGAUAAUCUCCGUAACCUAGAGAAAAGAUGCAAAGCCUCAUGGGAUUACUUAAAAAUUAUAGCAAAACAUGAAAUGAAGCCAGCGUUAAAACAGAAAAUGUCUGACUUUCUUAAGGACUGUGCAGAAAGAAUAAUCAUUCUUAAAAUCGUUCACAGAAGAAUAAUUAAUAGGUUUCACUCAUUCUUAUUAUUUAUGGGACACCCAUCAUAUUCAAUUCAUGAAGUAAACAUACAAAAGUUCUGCAGAAACAUAACUGAAUUUGCAUUAGAAUAUCGUACUUCAAGGGAUCGCGUUUUACAGCAAAAACAGAAAUGGGCAGAUCACAAAGAACGAAACAAAACCAGAGGGAAACUGAUCACAGAUACUGAUGAGGAAGAUGAUCUUGAGAGUGGAAGUGUUUCAAAUUAUUCCAUAUUUAAACAAAGCAGUAAUGCCACACAGGUAGAAAUCAGCAAAGGGCUGCAGUAUGCAGAAGAUGCAGCAGAACAUGAGAAUAUGAUGGCAGUGCUUAAAGGAUCAUCUAAAAAUGGUGGCACUGAAACAUGUUCUAGAACAAGAAGCAACAAAGGGCUGCAGUAUUCUGAAGAUGCAGCAGAACACGAUAAUAUGAUGGCAAUGCUUAAAGCAUCAUCAAAAAAUGUCGGCAGAGGAGCAUUUUCUAGAACAAGAAGCAACAAAGGGCGCGUUGGGGCAGAUGUUUCCAGCAAACAUGAAGUUUCAGAUAUAGCAUGCAGUGCUGCAGAUGCAAUUAUGGAAAAUAUUGUACAAUCUGCAAACCGAAGUGUGUUACUUAAAGAACGAAGGCGUUCUCGAGCAAACCGCAAAGCAUUAAGAAGAACACUGGAAAGUGAAAUGACUCAGAAUGAAGCCACAUAACUAGAACAAGUCACUGUGCCGAAAAUAGAAAUACGAACUCACUGAUGACGGAUUGGACGUUUAAUAAAACACUGAUCACCAGUCACUUUUAUUCAGUUUGUUUCUAUAAUUUUAAAGAAUAUUGAAAUGAUAAACAAAUGAAAGUAAUACUGACAUCUUUCAGAUUGUAACAGGACUGUGUCAAUAUGGCGUGGAAAUGUUGCUUGGAAACUAGCAGUGUAACUGGACCCAGUGGAGUAAAUAUAGAAGAAGCAAACCCCACGGUCAUGGGGGGAGCAGCUUGGGGGACAGGGGGGCCAUGGGGUCUGCUUCCUCAACAGUUUUUAAAAAUCCACCCUCCCCUGCCACUCUCUUACCUACCCAAACAUGCGGACAUGUAUUAUUCCUUUCAAUAUUGGUGGGACAUUUAGUAUUAAAAUGUAAGUGCUUUUCAGAUAAGAUAUUUAAUUUAUUAUAAAAAGCUUUCAUGAGAAACACAUAUAUAGUACCUAUUAUUUAAUUGCAAUGCCUUGCACUAUGUGCAUAAUAUUUAUGAGUGCAAUUUUUAAAACAUCUUAGCAGAGAGCAUAUAUAUCACACCGUGUUUCAUCUGCUUAAUUAAAAUGUAUCAUUAAAUACAGAAAUUGUAUUUUAUUAUGUUAGAAAACAUUAAACAUGCUGUUUUAUUCCA